CUCGCACGCCAGCUCGCUCACUCUGUCUACCUCUCCGCAGGCCGAAGCCGCAAAGCAUAGAUCUCCCUCUAUCCAUCACUAGUACCCGCGAUCAUGGCGCAACUUUCACUGAUCGGUACUCCCAAGGCCCACACAACCGCGCUCCUCGUGGCUCCAAACCAGGCCGUCAGCACCGCUGCUCCGAUGCCACGUCAGCACGGGUUGUGGAUCCUAAACCGGCGAUUACCUUCAGGCCGCCGUUUCGUAUUAUUCCAAUGGUUAUAAAUGCCCAAUGGGCGCGCUUGCCCUGAGCUAUAGGCCGCCAAAUCAUAAGCCCAGGAAACUAUCCAAUAUCUAUUCCGAUGGCAGCAGCAUGCCGGGCUAAUAUCAACCCGGAGUUAAUCUCCCUGACCAAUCGGCGAAUCCGCUGCCCUAUCGGCCGCUCAGAGUCGUCGAGCUGGUUUGCCUUCCAGCUUUCGCCACGUGGCGAUUCACACGAUCUGCACAAGUGGCUUUCAAAUCCUGGAAGGGGUUCUUUGGCCGCUUGCUCUCCCAUGGCUCUUCGAGGAGGGGAGGGGUAUGUUGCUGGGAGGGGAAGAGCACUGGGGAAACCGACUGGAGAUCGUGAGCUCACAGGAUCAGCGGUCAAUGGCGAUCGGUUCUUGUGGCGAACGCUCAAUGAAGUUCCGCGCCAAAUGGUGGCGGCGCACUCCGCCCGAGCUCGGGUUGGUCGUCCUGCCAGUGAUGUUAAAAGUGAUGUUGAUGGUGGUGGUACCUGGGGAAUGCGUGGUGGUGAUGGUGGUGAUGGUGGUGAUGGUGGUGAUGGUGGUGAUGGUGGUGAUGGUGGUGAUGGUUACAGUGGUGGUGGUGGUGGUGGUGGUGGUGGUGGUGGUGGUGGUGGCUGUAACAGUAGGGGCAGCGGUGGUGGUGAUGGGGAGGGUGGUGGUGGAAGCAAGUGUCCUUUGAACCCUCUCCCCUGGGUGCUCCUCUUCCUCGCAGCUGAAGCUGCUGCUGCUGCUGCCGUCGCCAUGCUCUCGAGACCCUCAACCCCUCUCCCCCCUCCUUCCCCACCUUCUCCCCCUCCCCCUCCUCUCCUUCCUCCCCCUCCUCCCCCUCCCCCCCCUCUCCACGCCUCCCCUCUCCCCCUGAAGUCCUCUCUGCUGUUAACCCCCCAUUCAUCUGCUCGUCUCUCCGCCCAUCACUCCCGUCGCCAUCCUACUCCCUUCAUAUUCUUCCCCCUUCCACCCCUAACGGUGCCGGUAGCGGCCGCGGUGGCCGCGGCUUCACUAGUGUUUGUACUCUUUAAAAGGUUGCGACGCCAUCACCCACAAGAAGCGGAGGAUCAUAGACACAUGAAUGGUGAUGUGUAGGCAGCCAGGCUUGUGAAUCGACUAAUGAGUGUACACUGAAUUGACUACACAUCCAGAAGCUUCUACGUGCAAUCAAACACCAUACUAGGG